GAACAAUCAACAGACGUGGGAGAGAUAAAAGCUCUCGUUUUGCUUCCGACACACGACUGAUGUAAAGUAGCAUCGAGCAAAGCGAGACAUGCGCAGCUUACAGGUGAUGAAAAUCAACAUCAAACGCAGCCUCAUACUUUAGCACGUACUUUGCAGGUUUGGCUCAUUUUGCUAAUAGCUUUGAUAGCUAUUGAGUUCGAAUCGGGCGAAGGCAAGAUGACUAAGAAACCCGUUAAAAAGACGACUGCAGCCUUAAAAACCAAAAAUAAUGCCAAGUCGAAAGGGGUAAAAUCCCCCGCCAAACAAAAACCUGCAAACAAGAAAGUGGCAAAUCCAAAGCAUAAUGGUUUAAAAACCACCAAAAGAGCUGCCACUACCCAGACCCAGAAACGAGUUCAGCUACACACGACUGCUUCCAAGAAAAAUGUGGCGGUGGAAAAAACCACAAGCGUGAAAACCGAUUUUAAAAGCUCAGCCAAGCCGAUUACCAUCAAGCAAACCACUAAAACGACGACAAUAGACGUGGCUAAGCUUUUGAAUGACCUCAAAUCGUUCAAUCAAGUUGAAUCAAAGACAACCUCAGCACAAACAACAACCACUUCCGAGUCCACCAGCAUGAGUCCAAGCACCCCCAGUGGAGUGGAAGUUGGCCCAAUCCUGACUAUUCAGCAAACACUUUUCAAAGAACCUACAUUUUCCGAUACUGAAGAUUACUAUUCUCAAUUGAUUCCUAAAUCUGAGGUUGGACAGUCAGUGCCGUUGAAAGUUGCCGAACAGGGAAUCGCACCUUUGUCAAUCUCUGCUACAUUUUUUGAUGCUGCAGACCAGUUUACAGCACUUUUAACGACAACUUCAACAACAACUCCAAUCCCUUCAACCACGGAGACCAAUUCAUCCCAUGUCACUUCAACCACGACAUCAAUUCCAACAACUACUUUGACUUCACCAAUAACUACUGUUCAACCUUUGACAACCACAACACGUCCAACCACGACGACAACAACAACACAAACCACGACAACCACGACAUUAACUACUUCAACUUCACCAACUACUACUAAACCUUUGACAACCACAACACCAACAACAAUCCAAAGAACCACAAUCUGUUCCAUAAGGCCGAAAACGACCGUAAAAGCAUCAUUCCAGGCGCCUAUGCUGGUCUUCGCAAAAAUAGCACUCCCAAUUGCCAUGGCGGUCAACGAUACCACGACUUCCUCGACGUCGACCGUUGGAUUUGAUGCAAAUAUUGGCAUUGUUGAGUUCCCUAAUGGAACAGAGUCGCCAACAGCUCUUCUUGCAUACAACUAACUGUAAUUUUAACUAGUGUGGCAAACAACACAUCCGUAAAAACUGAAUCGAAUAUGAAUUUUUCAAGUUCUCAAAUCUUGA